AUGGGCGAAAUUUUCCUGAAAGAGUGGUACGAUUUCUUUGAUCCAGCAAACUCGUGGCCGUUCGCCUUGUUGUGCUCGAUCGUGACCGCGGUUUUCUUCCUCAUCCUUCUCACAUGCAGUUCGAUUCAUUAUAAAAGAAAAACGAAUCGAACUGCUUCAUUCAAUCUGAAAGACGAGCUCGCUACUCCACAAAAUGUCUAUUAU